UCAACCUAGUUUCCGUUUCAAAACCCCACUAUAUAAGCUCUGAAGCCGGCAGUAUGGUCAUACACCUAAGAAUCCUAAGAAAAGGUACACACACAUAAAGGAAUUGUAACUUGUUCCAUUCUUUUACCAAAAUGAACCAAUUUGUGGUUGCUGUGAUCUUAUGUGCUGCUACGGCUGUAAGUGCUGGAGGACACGGUGGAUAUGAAAUUGGAGGCUAUGGAGGCCAUGGUGGUUAUGAUCUUGGAGGUUAUGGAGGAGGUAAAGGUUUAGGCGGAGUCGGAGGAGGCUAUGGCGGACUUGGUGGCGGAUAUGGCAAAGGACUCGGUGGCUAUGGAGGUUAUGGAAAAGGACUUGGUGGCGGAUACGGAGGUGGUUACGGUCUUGGACACAGCAUCGGAUUUUUGGGUGGUGGCUAUGAUCUUGGUGGAUACGGAAAGGGAUUAGGAGGAGGAUACGGUCUUGGUGGAUAUGGUAAAGGACUUGGUGGAUAUGGUGGUCUUGGUGGUGGAUAUGGUAAAGGACUUGGUGGAUAUGGUGGUCUCGGUGGUGGAUAUGGUAAAGGACUUGGAGGUGGUUACGGAGGCCUUGGAGGAGGAUAUGGCAAAGGCCUCGGAGGAGGAUAUGGUGGCCUUGGAGGAGGUUAUGGCAAAGGACUCGGAGGAGGAUAUGGUGGCCUUGGAGGAGGAUAUGGCAAAGGACUCGGAGGUGGAUAUGGAGGCCUUGGAGGAGGAUAUGGUAAAGGACUCGGAGGUGGAUACGGUGGUCUUGGAGGAGGAUAUGGUAAAGGUCUUGGAGGUGGAUAUGGUGGCCUUGGAGGAGGAUAUGGCAAAGGACUUGAAGGAGGAUAUGGAAAAGGACUUGGAGGUGGAUACGGUGGUCUUGGAGGAGGAUACGGUAAAGGGCUCGGAGGUGGAUAUGGUCUUGGUGGUGGCUAUGGAAAAGAAAUUGUAAUCGUUGAUGGCGGAUACAGUCAUGGAGGAUAUGGUCUCGGCGGCUAUGGUAAAGGUUAUGAUCUCGGCGGAUACGGAGGAUAUGGACAUCAUUAAUACGGCCCAUUGAAUAGAAUUGAAUGUUCCAAAGUUGCAAAUUUAUCUUCGAACAGCCAACUUUCAAUGACAGAAAAGUUAAAGAAGAUAAAUUUUGUAAGAAGUCAUCAUUGCCUUGUGUAAAAUACAAUAAAUGUUUUUAUUUAUAUUUUUA